AUGUCCACUGUGCAGUUCGGCUUUCUUUGCUGGCUGCAUCUGCAAAAUCUGUGCAGCAUCUUAGCAGCUUACACACAUAAAUCACAAAACGCCUACAGUUGGGUCGCCAACACUUUCCGGUCGGUUCCGGCGGGUGCGAGCACAACGGUGCGAUUGCACACCGAGCAUGCGGUGCGGAGAGUGCUUAAAAGUGCACUAAUCACGGCAUGGCACAGCAGCACCGUGCAACACUUGCAAUCGAACUGCCGGUAUAUAUCGUCGACUGCGGCCAAGGAACUGUGGGACUAUUCGAUUAAAGUAGUGGAAAUAAUGCCAUAUAGUCUCGAAAAGACUAUACCUGCCAUAAUUGGCCUCGUUGACUCGAUUAUACCAUUAGCACGAUAAUCAGACCUUUG